AGCCAAUUCAACAUUCCCCCUUCAAGGUGCACUGCGAUUCGACACUCGAGGAGCUCGACUCCCAUGACAUUCGUUAUCCUUUAGAAUCUGCAAAAAUGGCCCGCAGCGGAUUGUCUGCCGGGUCAACGAUCGCUUCGUCUCCUGUGACCGGAGGACUUGCAGAAGCCCUGUCGCGUGUCUUCUUGCGAUCAUAUCCACUCGUCGAUGCUAUCGGGCUCGCUUGCAUUAUCGCCUGUUGGAUUGUGAUUCAAAUCGUUGUGACACCCUUCCACCGAAUGUUCGCUCUGGACAACCAAGCUAUUCAGUAUCCUUUCGCAACAGUCGAGCGGGUUCCCGUUUUGUGGUCUAUUGUCUAUGCUGGAGUUAUUCCAUUUCUCAUUCUCCUGGCCUGGGCCGCCUUGUUUCGACCCAGUCCACAUAAAGUCCAAGUGACAAUCCUCGGUUUCCUCACGGCGAUUAUGCUCACCUCGCUUCUGACCGACAUCAUAAAGAAUGCGGUUGGACGACCCCGUCCUGAUUUGAUCGCGCGUUGCAUGCCUAGGAGAGGCACCCCAGGGAGCAAGCUUGUCCUCUGGACUGUUUGCACUCAACCCAACGAACACAUUCUACAGGAGGGAUGGAGGAGCUUCCCAAGUGGACACAGCAGCUUCUCUUUUGCUGGCUUCGGAUACCUGUCCUUGUUCUUCUCCGGUCAGAUGCACGUAUUCAGGCCCAGGACAGACCUAUUCCGCUGCCUGUUGGUAUUUAUACCGAUAAUUUGUGCUCUUAUGGUUGCGACCUCUCGCCUGGCGGAUUAUCGGCACGACGUUUACGAUGUGACCUCUGGUACCAUCCUAGGCUCGGUGGUUUCUCACUUCUGCUAUCGGCGAUACUUCCCGCCUUUGCGCUCUCUCGGAUGCGAUACUCCGUACAGUAAGGAUGAUUUUGGUCCCGAGGGCUUCUCUAGGGUUCCCGACGACGAAGAGCAACUAUUAUCAGGCCGCAGGGGCCAGACUUGGUCAGGGGAGUCUUAUCAACUAGAGGAAAUGGCAGCCGUACAAAAUCGGUAGGGAUAACUCACUUUCAUAUAUUUUGUACUACUGCAAUGGGCUGCACUCGCAAUGUGAGCAGCAAGCAAAUUGGUCAAUCCUGUGACGUUUAUCAUUAUGAUACCCUGUAGUUAUGCAAGCUAUCAACUUUGUUAUGGAACCGUGUCAGGCUCAAAAGCCUCAAUUGAAGAUCUCAUUAUGCCAUGGUAGUAGCUAUGUCUACGCGCUUCUGGCUAGCGAAAAGGCGCGAAU